AUGCAGGAUCCCAUCGCCACCUGCUUCGGGGGAGGCGCCGCCCCCAAGGAGCACCUCUCCGGGGGGUCUCCAGCGGAGGCCCUCGUCUCCACCUCGGUCUACGAGACCGAGGCCGGCGAGGCGGCGUUCACCUGGUUCCGCACUGCUCUGGGUCUCUCCCUCCGCGUUGACCUCGACCUUCCUCCCGCCGCCGCUGCUCCCUCCUUCUUCCCCGUCUCUCCGGCCUCCGCCGCCGCCUGCGAGGAAGACAGCCACAGCUUCCGCCUCCGGCCAUGGCUGCUCUGGAAGCGGCGGGGCACGCAGAGAUUCCGUUCGAUUCAAAAAGACAACAGAAAGAAACUUGUGGUCGAUUUCGCGUGGGACCUCAGAAAGGCCCGCUUCCCCGCCGGCGGCGGCCCCCAGCCGGCGAGCAGGUACUUCAUCUCCAUCUCCAUCGCUGGCAAGCUGUUCCUCGUCGUGGGGGACAUGGAAGCGGAGGCCCACAGGAAGGCCAAAUCCAGGAGGAGCCCCAUUAAUGGAAGGCGGUCGGUCCUCCUCUCGAAGAAGGAGCACGUCGUCUUGACCAACUCCGGCAGGACCUACCGGACCCGAGCUCAGAUUGGCGACCAGGAGAAGGAGAUAUUUCUGGACCUGAGCGGCGCCGAGAGGGGAAGGGACGGGAGGAUUAGUGUGGCGCUGGACGGGGAGAUAAUUCUGGAGGUGAACCAGCUGGAGUGGAAGUUCCGGGGGAGCGAGAAGGUGGAGCUUCUGGGCGGCGCCGCCGCGAUUCACGUCUCCUGGGACGUCCACAAGUGGCUCUUCCUCCGGAAUCCGGACCCCUCAGCCACCGCCGCCGCCGUCGCCUCCCGCUUCGCCGGCGAUCUGGGGGAAGCCGUGUUCGUCUUCCGGUUCGAGGGGAAGAAAUCGGAGGAAGACGGCGGCGGGAUGAGGAAAUCAUGGAAGAAGUGGGGCCUGAAGAAGACGGAGUCUUCUUCCUCCUCCUCAUCAGCGACCUCGUCAGGGAGAAGCUCGUCGAUCAUGGAGUGGGCGAGCGCCGAGGAAGAGGAGCUGCAGAAAUUGGAGAGCUCCUCCCUUCUGAUUUCCAUCUGGAGGAGUUGA